AUCGCUGGAACAGAGCGAAAAUCAGUAUCAGUAGUUAGUUACGUGCUUCCUUUGCUUGCAUCAUGAGCACGGAUUCUCCGCCUUUGAAAAAGCGAAAAAUACGUCAAUGCACGUUCCGGAAAGAGUGGAGAUCUCAACCCGAGUACGAGAGCUGGCUCCUGCCCGUGGACGACGAUGCCACAGCCGCAAGGUGCACCAUAUGUGCAAGCACGUUUACGGUUAAAUUUGAUGGCGUCAGCGCUGUGAAGCAUCAUGCAUCAACGCAGAAACAUAAACAGAAGAGCCUCGCCUCCAAACAGUCGGCUACAGUCAAAAAGUUCUUUGUUCCAGCCAUUUCUAGCGCAGAAGAUCACGUGACUGCUGCGGAACUGGGCACCAUAUUCCAUGGAAUCAAGCACAACUACAGUUACCUGUCAAUGGACUGCGGCAGCAAGUUGGCACCGAAAGUCUUCUCGGAUUCAGACAUUGCUUCCAGAAUGCGACUCGGAAGAACGAAGAUGGAACACCUCGUGAAAGACGUACUGGCGCCUUACGCAGUGGAGUGCAUAGUCGAAAAACUUCGCCCAGCAGGCCGCAACCUUCCGUUCGCUCUCUCCACUGACGCUUCCAACAAGGGAAACAGAAAACUUUUCCCCAUUGCAGUGCGUUUCUACGAUGUGAGUGGUGCCGGAAUAACCGAUGCUCUCAUCGACUUUUGUGAGCAGGCGGAUGAGACUUCCGGCGGCAUCUGCGAACUUUUGGCAACAAGUUUGGAGAAGGUAGGCCUUUCUUUGGAGCGAGCUGUAGCGUAUAGCGCGGAUAAUGCUUCUGUGAAUUAUGGGAAACAUAACUCAGUUUUCCAGAAGAUGCAGAAAGAUCAGCCGACUUUGUUGAAGGCCAAUUGCAAUUGCCAUGUUGUGCAUAACACUGCCAAGCACGCAGUCAAGUCUUUAAAGUUUGACGUCGAAACUCUUGUACUAAAGGUAUUCAAAGAAUUUUCUUCUAGCUCGAAAUGUGUAGAGGAAUUGAAAACGUUCUUUGAAUUUUGUGAUCAGGAAUAUAGCAAAGUUUUGUGUCAUAUUUCGGUCCGCUGGUUAAGCUUGUUUACAGCCUUAGACAGAUUAAUUAAGAACUGGACACCCAUCAAGUCAUACUUUCUGAGUCAAGGAGAGGAGGAGUGCGAAAAAAUAAUCUGGAGAUUUAUAAGCAACCAAGCCGAUGGACUUUCAGAGAGUGUCACGCUUCCGGAGUGCUACAUGCACUUCAUGCACUCGUUCCUUGCAAUGUUCCAUUCAGCAAUCCUCACCCUCGAAAAGAGUCACCUUGAGCCGACAGAACUUUACGCUGUAAUGACUAAGCUCAGGAAACAGCUGAUUAAUCGAAGGGAUGAUAUGUUCUUCGGUGUCAAGGCUAAUCUGGGACUUGAAAUCCUUCCUGGUGGACAAGUUGCAAAGCUGGAAUUUUUGAAUGUCUAUGACAGGGCCCUUGCGUACCUCGAAAAGUGGUUUGACUUCGAGAACUCCCCGUUUAAGAUGCUCGCCGAAUUGGAUCUGCGCAAAGGUGCACCCACUACAUUGGUGGUAAUAAAUGCGGGCAACCUUUUUGGCAUUGACUUUCAAGAGGAAGGGGACGAACUCUACUCAGAGCUUUGUCUUUUGAAGGAUGCUCUGCCUGGACUUCUAAAAUGUGACGAGAAAUCAAGCUCGAUGUGGCUGAAGUUCUUAAAAGCGGUAAAGUGCCCCCUCUUGCAGAACCUAAUGGAGCAUGUCUACUCCAUUCCCUGCAGCAAUGCGUUCGUGGAACGCGUCUUCAGCGUGAUGGGAAACUUGUGGACGGAUGAAAGAAACCAACUAAGCGUCCCAAUGGUUAAGGCAGAACUUUGUGUGCGGUAUAAUUUGGUGUACAGCUGUGAAGAAUUUGUAAAGAUGGCGAGAGAAAACAAGAAGCUCAUCCGAGCCGCUAAGUCGAAUUCCAAGUACAUAUUCAAGUUCCGCGAAUAA